ACGCGCGGGGUUUUGCGAUUUGUGAUUAGUUCGAUUCCAGUACGGAACGAGAUUAGACCAGCGAGUUCAGCUCAACUGAGGGUGUCAUGUGGAGUACGUUCGGAUUUGUAGUGUUGUGUGGUUUGGCGAGUGUCCUGGCGGCACCGACCGUCCACCUGGUCAAGGUGGACGAGUCCGAGGGAUUUCCCGACUAUCAGCAACUGCUCCCAACGGAUCUCCCACCGAUUGUGGACCCAGUUUGGAUGACUGUAACGAUGAAACCACUGGUGAAAACGACAGUCGUUGAACCGCUGAAUCCUCAGUAUCCUCAGCCGACGGAACGACCAGUUCAACCGGACCCAGCAACAUCCUACCAACAGCCCAUAGCCCCGACAUGGCAACCCUCCCAACAGAAUCCACCAUCAACGUACUAUCCGUACUUCUACGGAGCACCAACGGAAGGAUCCCGACUUCCCGCACUUGCCCAGAGUACCCAGCAGUUCCCACAGCAGCCGUAUCCAUUCAACGUCCAACCCCAGUUCCAGUACCACUACCAAAGCUAUCCGCAACUCACGUGGAAACCCGCGGUCCAACCGCAGCAGCAGCACCAGCCCCAACCUUGUGGAGGCGUUCAACAGGCUUAUCAGCAGCAUCAGUAUCUUCAGCGUGGUUACUGAAACAUUCAUUAAAUAGGGAGUGCUUAAUUUUACGAGUGAAAUCAACUGAAUGGAAGAAAAUUUGAACGGUUUUUGUGUGUUUUGCUGGGUGAGGGUGGAAAUUGAAAAGACGCAAUGAGGGAAAAUCUCAAUCUUUGCUCGAAUUGUCAGCGGGAAGGAGACGCGGAUUGAAAGCUCACCAGAUAAUAAAGAAUCGCUCGAUUGAACUUGAA